AGUGAAAGUGAAGGCGGAGACCAACCCAGUGCCGAAAACUCAGCCUCUUCUGGAUCACGUUCAACUUCACUGAACAGCCCCAAAAAACCGAUCCAAAAAAAAGUAAGACUUGAAGAGGAAGAAAGACAAGAAAAAAAAGAGAAAAAACGCGACGUGCUCCAAACUUCUGUUCACCGCUAUCUCAAAGAAUUGUCUUCCGGUGUUGACUUUUUUUUUUUUUUUUUUUUCUUUUUUUGUUGCGAGCACUGCAAGAGCAAAAGCCCCUCCAAAGCACAAAGUUGAACGUGAGAAAUGUGAAGCUACCGGCUUGUGUGUUUCAACCAGGCUCCAGGACUCUGUAUUAAUCCAUGCAGUACAGUGCAAUGGAUGAAUUUCAUCCCUUCAUAGAGGCGCUUCUUCCACACGUCCGUGCCAUCGCCUACACAUGGUUCAACCUCCAGGCCAGAAAACGCAAGUACUUCAAGAAGCACGAGAAGCGGAUGUCCAAGGACGAGGAGCGCGCGGUGAAGGAUGAGCUUUUGGGUGAGAAGCCCGAGGUGAAGCAGAAAUGGGCAUCCAGGCUGCUGGCCAAGCUGCGUAAGGACAUUCGGCAGGAGUACCGGGAGGACUUUGUCCUCAGUGUGACGGGGAAGAAGCACCCGUGCUGCGUGCUCUCCAACCCGGACCAGAAGGGCAAGAUCCGCCGGAUCGACUGUUUGCGGCAGGCCGACAAAGUCUGGCGUCUGGACCUGGUGAUGGUCAUCCUCUUCAAAGGCAUCCCUCUGGAAAGUACAGACGGCGAACGCCUCGUCAAGUCUCCACUUUGCGCCAACCCCGCACUUUGUGUCCAGCCUCACCAUAUUACAGUAUCGGUCAAGGAGCUGGACUUGUUUCUAGCGUACUAUGUCCAGGACCAAGACUCACAGCAGUCAGGAAGUCCCAGUAACAAUGAGCCAGGCAAGACCCCUCUUCCAGUCUACUUGGAAGACAGCUUCAUCAAAUCAGGAGUCUUCAGUGUUACAGAACUGGUGCGAGUUUCCAGAAUGCCCAUCACCCAUGGUGCGGCGGUGAACUUCUCCAUGGCAGACAUGCCCAGCCAACCCUACUACCACGACCUGAACUCCAGCGUGGGGCUGCAUCGCUCCCUGUCCUCCCCUCCCGGCAGUAAAAGGCCCAAAACUGUCAACAUGGAGGAGAACAUGGACACCAGCCCAACAGGACCUGACUUCUACUCGUCACCCAGCUCACCAGCCAGCACCAGGGCAAACUGGCAUGACAGAGACGGAGACAUGUCCUCUCCUACGAUGAAGAAGCCAGAGAAGCCGCUGUUCAGCCCUACUUCCCCACAGGACUCCUCACCGCGACUCAGCACUUUCUCUCAGCCUCACCACCCAGGCCUAACAGGUGUAGGACACAGUGUCAUAUCGACGAGGAGCCCCCCUCCACACUCGCCCCUGCAGUUCUCCGCCUCUGCCAUCUUGCCCCCAGCACCGUCACCUUACUUCUCGCACACCACCAUCCGCUACCCUCCUCACCUCAACCCCGCGGAUCCCCUCAAGAGCUACGUGCCGUCAUACGACCCGUCCAGCCCACAGAGCAACCAGCCUAACAGCAGUGGUCAGGUGAUAGGAAAGGUCCCAGGCCACUUCACCCCAGUUCUGGCUCCUUCCCCGCACCACGGCACUGUGCGACCCGUCACGCUCUCCAUGCCUGACACCAAGCCCAUCACCACAUCCACAGAAGGCUACUCAUCCCCCGGAACCCCAACGGCUAAUCGUUUUGUCGGCCUGAGCACGAGAGAUCCCACCUUCCUCCACCAGCAACAGCUGAGGAAGUGUGACUGGAGCGUGACUCAAAACGGCAGGCAUUAUGGCCCCAGUGCCACUGACGACACUUUGGGGAUUACUUGGCAAAGUCCUGGUACCUGGGCGAGCUUAGUUCCAUUCCAAGUGUCGAACGGGACUCCGAUUCUGCCAACAAAUGUCCACCAGAACUACAGCAUAAACAUCAUUGGUGAGCCCCUGGUUCCCGCUGAGACAGGGAACUGAAAACACAGAGGCCGGAUGACCCCAUAGGGUGGAUGGGUGGUGCAGAGCUCGCACUACAGGUGUCUGCAGCCAUGGAUGAAACCAGCAAAGCAGCACGAGCUGCGCAAUCGUCCCCCGACCCUCCCCCCCCCCCCCCCCCCCCCCCACCACAAUCUAACCCCCUCUCCAUCUCCCGUCCCUCCCCAUGAAGGACACUGGCCGUGAAGUGAAGACGAGGGAGUCAGUUCAGAGGGAAAAAAAAGUUUCAGGUCUUCUGUCUCAUCGCCGAAGCCCCGCCCACACAUCCACCACCCACCAGUCAGUUGUUUCGUUUGCAGAACUUUUCAAUCCAUUCAACUACUGUGAUGUAUAGAUGCCUUAAUGUUUUAUUGCAUGACACUCUAGUCUCUUAGCGGCAAUUCCUAUUUUUCCAAGGUAGGGGAAAACAUAAAAUCUCAAUAUUACACACACAAACACACACACACACACACACACACACACUGCGGUCUGUGCAUCGAUAACCUCUGCCUGGUGGAUGGCUCCGAGACUCUAAGCUCUCCGACUCAGACCUCUUAUAAAGAGGCUUUCCCAUGUCAAACGAUUCACUGUGUGCACCAUAGGAACAAACAAAAUUGUGAAUUCAGAGUGUUUCUUCUUCCAUUUGAUUUCAGUUUACUGUGACACGACUCUUUGUUCAGAAAAUGUGUUGACUUUGCUUAUUCUUUACUGCUACUUACUUAAAAAAAUGAAUGCGAACACUUGUGAGGGUUAAGAACUCUCGAUGCGGUUUUCAAAAAACACUAAAUGUAAGGUUUGAGAUUGGACCCCUCAUUAAAGAAUUUGUAACUCCUUUACAAAAGGAAUUUAAAGACGGAGUAUAAGAAAUUCUCUUUAGAGGCAAGUGCAAUUGAAUUUUUGAAGGGAAGCUAUCAGUCUGUCAGCCCUAAGACUCUAAAGGAAGGGGGAUAAAUAUUAAAUGGUUUUAUGGGUAAAAUGUUUAAAAAAAACAUUUGAAAAUUAUUUCAGUCACACAUCCGUCUCCUCACAUGACAAAAUCAUAAAGCAUGAAAGGCAGUUUAAGGCAAGCACUAAGCUACCUGUGCAGCGCUGAGCAAAACCAGCACUUUUUUGAGCCCUAUUUUGAGCCCUACCUUUCAAUACGGGAAGAUUUUUUUUUUUUUUUUUUGGGGGGGGUUAACUGAACAUAAGCAAAGAAAUGGGACACAUAGUGUGUAAAAAAGCAUUUAAUUUUUUAAAAUGUUCAGGAUAAGAUCAAGAGCAUUUGGCCAUCAGCUUCUAAAGCUUAUGUUUACAAAAAUAUGGAAUGCAAAGUAUUAAUUAUCGGUAAUGGCAAUGUAAAAUUCAUGCUAAUGUACAGUCGGCUUAUGUGUAAGGCUACAGUUUGUGAAAGGUUCACUCUUCAGUGGAAGAGGCUGAAAACUGAAAUUAUAAAUCCAGGUGGUGGCAAAUCCCUGAAAAAUAAAAAAUGUGCACAGCAUGUUCACAGCCAAUGCCUCUCCAGUCCAGACAUAUUUAUACGAGGAAAAUCUCUCCAGUACUCUUAAUUUGCACGAUGACAUAUAGUCCACAUUACGUGCCUUGCCUUUGAAUAUAGAGACAUCACUACACUUGUUUUUGCUGCAUUUAUCAUUAUAGAAAAAAAUUAACAUUUUUAUGAUAAGAAUUGUUUUGUACUCUGAAUGAAAUUGUUGAUUUUUAACUUCAUGUACUACUCUAUCUCACAAUUACAUUGCAUAUCAACGCUGUGUAUAGUUGCCGUUUUAAAGUUUGUAACCAACCAGCAUUUUGUUUUCUCAGUAUUUUGGUGGUUUUUCCAGUAACCUGUCAUCUUUUGUUUUCUUUAUUUUUCAAUUGCUCAUUUUUUUGUUCAUCUUCCAGUUACUAUUGUGGAGGGUGGAAUUCUGAAAAUUAUGCAAUACCAAGUUUUGCCUAUGUAGGUAGUGCUUAUAGAUGCGUCAAUUAUUAGAGGCUAGUUUGGAGAUAGACAAUAUUGUAAUGCAUUUAUUUUGUUGAUAUCGUUGUUUGUCGUUGUUGUUGUUGAUGAUGUUGUUGUUGUUGUGGGUGUUUUCCUUUUUUAUUGACCAAAGUGGGGACUGCUUUCUAUGCAGUAUAUGACAAGGUCUUCUUUUUUUUUCUUUCUUUAGCAUAUAGGCCUACCGAAUGACAGUGUAACAUGUCCCAGUGUAUUUAGAUUUGGUAGUUUUAGGGGAGGGCGGUAUUUUUCUAGAAGUACUUAUAAAAAAAAAAAUGCACCCUUGGUCUUUCUACGGCUGCAAAGUCACUGAUUGGUCUACUGUGACUCUUUUAACUUUCCACCUGGGGUGCUAGCAUGUGACCUUGAAGGAGCUCAUUUUCACAGGAGAGACGGCUUGACUUGAGUAUGACAAUCAUUUUAAGAAAUCACAUUAUCUAAAAUUCCCAUUUUUUUGUUUUAGGUCCCUGAAAGCUGCAACGAAGGAGGAAUACUGUUGCAUGCUUUUAUUGAAUCCUACGCCGUACUAUUGUAGACGUAACAGAAUGCAAUUCCCAUGUAGAUGCCUUAAACACAUCAGUGAAGUGGCCUGUGACCUGCGCAACAAUCACACACCGACUAAUGCUACUGAGACCUGUCCAAAUCAGUUGCAGACAGGCUCAAGCAAGCCUUUAGAAAGUAUUUUAUAAGUAGAAGAUUUGUAUAAAUGUAUAUAGGAUAUGCACAUAUGUCGAUCCCUGAGAUACUUUCCAUGCAGAGCCCCGUAGAGUAUGCUGAAGCGUUGCGUUGUCUAACCUGUCCAGUUGCCCAGUAGAAGCUUAAAUAGAAUCCAUUAGAAGACAAAUAUAGCACUUAAAUAGCACAUAGGCAAUCGUCUUCUACCCCGUACAAUGUUUUAAACCCAGUCUUAAAUACAUCUCUCAGGAGUAAUACAGGGCAUUAUUUAUAUUAAUCCUUUUCUUUCUUUUUAUUAUAAAAAAAAUAAAAAAUACCUUUCAUACAGAGAGAGCAGCAACUCUGUCGCUGCUAUGAUACCUUUUGCACUCUUUCCCCAACAAUCGUGAAAGAAAUGUUCCCCUCAGAGAGGUACGACCGCGCAGAGGACUAAGAAGCAAUUUUUUUUUUUUUAAUUUGGGAAAGAAUCCUCAAGUCAAGCUAAAUCUCUCCGUCUUCACCCAGAUUUCUUAUGCAGAAAAAAAAUUGAAAAAGUCACCCCGUUCUAUGUGCACUGUUCUGUCUUUUUUUUUUAAUUAUUAUUCUUUAUUUCUCUUUAAAAGAAAAACUAUAAGUGCUUUGCAGCCUUUGGCCAUUGUAGACCCCACUGAAGUGCAUUGUCCCCAGGUAUGUUUGUGAGUGGAUGUGUGUUUGCCUGUGGAUGUGUCAGGGUCACUUUGCUGUUGGUGUUUAUUUGAAUAGUAGACUGUACAUAAAGGUAAAUAUCCUGAUUGUGUCGAUAGCAGUAGUCCGUCGGGUUGAACUCUGCUUUGGCAGCUUGGGUGUUUGUGUGCAUUCCCCCAAGUGUGUGUGUGUGUGUGUGUGUGUGUGUGUGUGUGUGACUCGUGAGCUGGAGGUGUGAUAGAGUGCCUCUGACACUACAAAAUGAGAGAAGAUGAGGGUCUUUCUAUUGAAUUAAAAACCUGCCAUAGGACAGGAGUUUGUACACUGUAAACUUUCUUGAGAGUUCUUCUCUUAAGCCCUUAUUUGUUAAUCUUCAAUUCUGGGGGAAAAUAAGUCAAUUCCAUUUUAAGGAAAAUUCAAUUGUUUUUUUUAUUCGGAGGCUGGAUUUGAGUUAGAACUCUCCAGAAUUCACCAUCAAUAGAAUCUAAAGUGUUUUUUUAAGUUGUCGUAUUGUUGUAUGUAUAGUCAAAAAGGGUUGGGAAAUAUUCUUUACUGAUCCAUACAUAGAAAAAAACAACAACAAUGAAGGCUUUUUUAAUUUUAAUGUUAUUUUUUCUGAUCUUGGUUAGAGCUUAGCUAUUUCCAAUUAGAAAACACUUAUAAGAUAUUUGAAUUGUUCUUUCAUUAGUGUGGCCAUAGUGAGUGUGAUGUGAUUUAUCUCGUUUUUUUUGGUAAUGGGUGGGAAUUCUUGUCCAACAAGACGUGGUGUGAGUGUGUUCAUUGUAGCAGCUGGGAAGUGAUGUCACUUAACCAGUAUAAAAAAGGCCCCAAAUUGCACCUGACCUUAAGCGAGAAUCAGGGUAAAAUUCUAAAGUUUCUUUGGUUUCUGGUGCUUUUGGUUUGUUUUCAGAAGAAAUGUUGCAAACAAUUGAUGCAACAUAUCAAUAAAGUAUGGAUUAAGCCGGCGAAUGUUGAGGGGCAUAAUUCGCCAAUAUGCAGACGAUGCUCUUGUAUAUAUCUUUAAAGAAAAGCAUCGAGGAAUCCCUCAUUUCGCCAUUCCACAUGGUGUCUAUGCCUUAUGUGAUGUGGAAUGACCUUCUUUCUAAGUAUGAAUAAGCAUAACCAGAUUAGGGUACUGUACCUUCCAGCUAAUAAUAGUUUCCAAAUUCGGGGCCAGGUUAAAAGUCUCUGUUUCAAAACAGGACUAAAUGUUUGACAUUUUUAUCAGGUCUCUACCCUUAAGCAGCUUCAAGGUAGAUUUGACACUCACAACAACAUCGUUUUAGAAAGUAUUACGUCAAUCAUGGAGAAACAGGACAACGUUAUGCAAGGAGGGCUUGUGGCACUCAUGCAAUAUGUGUUAUUUUCCUUUAAACUGAAUGUCACACAUUCUGAGGGCAAAUAUACGAAGAGUAAGAGGAAACAUUUAAACUUUCUUUUUCAUUCUACAUAAGCAAUACACACCUUCCACACGUUGGCUAGCUGCUAGUCGCUUGGCAUCAGGUUGUUAAACAUGGAAACCAGCAUUUUUAAAAGAUUUAACAUUCACUUAAGGAAGACAACAAGAUGCAAUGCAGUGCCUGUUCAAGCUGUCCAAGUGUCUGUUGUAUAUAAUUGUAAAAUGUGAUAGACUUACUUUCAGAAGCAACGAGAAACAGAAUGUGGCCAACUCAUCUUGAAUAUGCUCUAUGACCUUUUUGAUGUUUCUAGAGAUUCUUGGAUGGUAAUGUAUUAAUUGUCAAAUUAUUUUUAGCAAUGCCCACAUCAAACGUAUUCAAAAUUUGAGAGGAAGUAGUCCUGUUUUCUUUCUUUCUUUCUUGGGGGAAGUGAAGUCGGGGGGGGGGAGGGGGGUCGUCAGUGCUACAUUAACACAGUAAAACGAUAACUAAAUUGUCUUUCUUGAGAUUGGUUGCCAGUUUCUCUGCAGGGCUGAUUUAGUUUUGGGUCUUGUGGCACUUUUACUUCCCUCUGCGUGCACAUUUUUUACUUCAGGAAUUAUGGCUGAAUUAUAUAAAAUGAACAACAACAACAACACCAACAAAAACAAUAUGUAAACAGUCUCUAGUAGUGAUCGUAGUUACACUGCAAGUGUGUGCAAAGGUCUAUGUAUGUAUCUGAAUGUACGUUUUAGAGGACUUUUUGAAAACCUUUUUUUGUUUUUUAUCUUUUCAUUGACAGUUUAGGAGCCACAGGUGUCCAUUGUGAACUGUAUAGCAAAGGCCUUGAUAUCCCUUCUUUUAUUGAUUUUAGAAACGCCAAGCAUACGGCGAUGCCUGGUUACAUUGGUGCAGGGGCUAAAAUUGCCACAAGAUUAAAAUCAGUGUAAAUAAAGGCUCAACUUUUUGUGAUUGUUACUGUUAUAUCCAGCCUAUACUGCUAGCAGCUGUUUUUACUGCAGUCAAUUACUGGAAGUGGAUAUAUUUCCUAUGCAAAACUGUUUAAACAAUAAAAUGAGCUAUGCUUCAAAAAUGA